UAUAUAUAUAUAUAUAUAAAAGAGAAAACAAUGAGGCCUAAAAGGAGAAAUGAGAAGCAAGUGUCAAGCUGAGGAGUUAAACACAAAGCAGGCAUGUCUUCUCAAAUGCAGGUGUUUUCCUCUCCCUCCGUGUCCUCCAGUGGCAUGUCCCGCUCCAAGAAACUGAAGUUAGAAAACCAUGCAUGGAGCGUGAGCAGCCAGUCAAGUGAGAGCAACUACUACCAGCACAGCCCGAACCAGCUGAAUGGCUCCUCCCCUUCCACAUCUGGAUUCAACCCCAAUUACAACUCCUCCAGCCUGGUCUUUCCUUCUUCUGGAGGCUCGCGGGAACAGACAGUGCUACGUGCUGCAGACAGCACCGGCAGCGUCCCAGAGCCUUCAUCCUCCUCCUCCUCAUCAUCCACAUCCAGUCAACGUGGAAAAGAUGUGGGCUCCACCUCUCUGAGAUGUGAGGGCAAUCAGAAGCAGGGCAGUCUGAAGCGGAAGAGCGAGGAGGUUGACAGCAGCGACAGUGUGCAGAUUUUGGAGGAGCUGUCGGCUCCUGUGCUCCCCAACCGUGUGGCUGGAGGUGGAGGCAAUGCCACGGCUCAGUCCAUCGCUCAUUCCACGUCCACCACCAAAAGCAGCAACUCCCACAGUGAGGGCGACUACCAGCUGGUGCAGCACGAGAUCCUCUGCUCCGUCUCCAACAGCUACGAGGUUCUGGAGUUCCUCGGCCGGGGAACAUUCGGACAGGUCGCGAAAUGCUGGAAGCGUGGGACUAAUGAGAUCAUGGCCAUAAAGAUUCUCAAGAAUCAUCCGUCAUAUGCCCGCCAGGGUCAAAUAGAGGUGAGCAUCCUCAGCCGUCUGAGCUCAGAGAAUGCAGACGAGUUCAAUUUUGUGCGCUCUUACGAGUGCUUCCAGCACAAGAACCACACGUGUCUGGUGUUUGAGAUGCUGGAGCAGAACCUCUACGACUUCCUCAAGCACAGCAAGUUCAGCCCGCUGCUCCUCAAGUGUAUCCGGCCGGUCCUGCAGCAGGUUGCCACAGCGCUGAUGAAGCUGAAGAGUUUGGGUCUCAUCCACGCUGAUCUGAAGCCUGAGAACAUCAUGCUGGUGGACCCCAUCAGACAGCCCUACAGAGUCAAAGUCAUCGACUUCGGUUCAGCGAGUCACGUCUCGAAGGCGGUGUGCUCCACCUACCUGCAGUCUAGAUACUACCGAGCUCCUGAGAUCAUUCUGGGCCUUCCGUUCUGUGAGGCCAUUGACAUGUGGUCACUAGGUUGUGUCAUUGCUGAAUUGUUUCUGGGCUGGCCUUUGUAUCCGGGAGCCUCAGAAUAUGAUCAGAUUCGGUACAUUUCCCAGACUCAAGGUUUGCCAGCUGAGUAUCUCCUGAGCGCCGGCACUAAAAGCAGCCGUUUCUUCCACAGAGGCCCAGACUCCAGUUACCCUCUCUGGAGACUCAAGACCCCCGCAGAGCACGAAGCAGAGUUUGGGAUAAAGUCCAAAGAGGCUCGCAAGUACAUUUUCAACUGCCUCGACGACAUGAUGCAGGUGAACAUGACUAACCUGGAGGGCACAGAUAUUUUGGCAGAGAAGGCUGAUCGGAGGGAGUUCAUUGACCUGCUGAAGAAAAUGCUAACUCUAGACGCAGACAAGCGGAUCACGCCUACCAAGACCCUCAACCACCCGUUUGUGACGAUGGCUCACCUUCUUCACUUCCCACACAGCUCACAUGUGAAGUCCUGCUUCCAAAACAUGGAGAUCUGUAAGCGCAGGUGUACUGCCUUCGACAACAACAAGAACCUGUUUGCCAGCCACAACACGCCCAGCGCAGCCGCCAACCUCACCGUCACCUUCAGCAGUCAACUCAAUCAGCACAGUCAGAUGGCCUCCUCGGGUGGCCAGUCCCUUUCUCUUAGCAGCAACGUCCCUUUACUGAACUACCAGCCUGGUCUGUACCAGCAGGCCACUAUAAAUAUACCAGGCUUGGCUCAGCAGAGUGUGCCAUUGCAGGCUCGCCCUACUCAGCUGUGUGCCCAGACUGAGCCCUUCCAGCAAACCCUCAUUGUGUGCCCUCCUACCAUCCAGGGGCUGCAGACCUCCAAUAAACACGCUGGAUAUCCAGUGAGAAUGGACAACUCUGUACCCAUAGUGCCCCAGAACCAGUCCACCCAGCCUCUACACAUUCAGCCCAGCAUGCUCACACAGUUCCUCCACACAUCCCUCUAUCCCUUCCCCAACCAUAGCAGCAGCAACACGCCGCUGACGGUGGCCUCCCUGCGUCUUCCAGUGGCGGGAAUGACGCCGCUGGCUUUGGGCUCCCGCGGUCUGGAGCAGAGUGCCACCAUGCUGCAGGGCUGGCCUGCAGGGACCCAGCAGAUCCUCAUUCCCUCUUCAUGGCAGCAGAUGUCAGGCAUGACCAUGCACAAUCCCAGCCAGCCUGUGCUGUCCGACUCACCCAUGGGCUCUCUGCUCUCGGACAACACCACCCAACAGAACAGCAGCUGGAGGGGUCGUGGAGGUCAGUGCGAUGGGACGCAGCAGGGCUCUGCACAGGGGUGUAACGUGAGCACACAGCCCUCCCACACAAAGGCAGCCAGCAGUCGUACACAGCAGAGUGGAGUAAAGAGGUCAAAGGGUCGACAUGCUGAGAGCAGAGCCAGACCCACGUCCUCCCAGCAGCCGACUUCUUCAGUAGCGCACAACUGUGGUGAUGUGUCCCAGCCCAUCAUCAUCUCGGACACGCCGAGCCCCGCUGUCAGCAUCAUCACCAUCCACAGUGAUACUGAGGACGAGGACGACAGGAAGUUUCCUCCUGAAAGCUUUAGUGUGAACCAGCGUACAAACGUCAUCAGCUGUGUGACUGUCCAUGACUCCCAGGACUCGGACUCGUCCACCAGCACCCCUCUCAGCCCCAAAUGCCUUCCCAACUUCAUUGAGAACAACACACACUCCAAGUCUCUAGCCGUGGUCCCGCCGUCAGUGAAAACACAGCUCUGGGAUGGAGCGUCAGGAGAGCAACGUACUAAUGGUUCUGGAAAAUCAAAGAAAGGAACGUCCUCACAGUCCAGCGACCGACAUCAGAGAGCAGCAUCAAACAGAUCUCAGCCUCUCAACCUGAGCCAGGCGCAGCAAUCAGUGAUGUCAUCCCACGACCGUGCAGGGGGCGGAUCCCUGAGACGCCAGCCCACCUACCCUCCUACAGGCCCCUCCCACUCCUAUAGGCUUCAUGAAGCAUCGCUCUUCGGCUCUGCCUCCAGUCUGUAUGCAUACCCUGCAUCUGCAGCCCUGGCCUCAGUGUCGCAGGCCGUGGACCAGCUGCACAAUUCAGCCGCUUCCUCCUGUUCCUCCUCCUCCGGCCGGCACACACGCCCCGCCGGCCCGUACUCAGCCUCUCUGAGCCUUCUGCAGAAGAACAGUGCCAUGGGCGUCAUAGCUCCAUACCAGCAACAGCAGCUCUCCACACCGUCCUAUCAGCGGCCUGCGGCAUUUCCCCUCAGCCAGAGGAAACUCAACCAGUACCGCUACCUGUGAGGAGCAGCCGUCUGAACAUGUGCUAUGACAUAUGGGUAAUACCAGAAUGGUGUCAUGGAUGUUUAAGUGGAAAUUUCAUUUUAGCUUCUUCUUUUAGUGUUUUAUUUUCUUUAAAGCAUUUCAGUGGAUCAUGUCUUGCAUUUUAGAUCAUUUCAAACCAUAAAGCAAACACAAAACACUGAAAUGGUUUUUAAACUAUUUCUUAAAGGUCACGUUUUUCGUGUGUUUUUUUGAAGCUUUGAUUGUGUUUACAGUGUGCAAUAUAACAUGUGUUCAUGUUUCGCGUGUAAAAAAACAGUAUUUUUCACACAAUUCACCUAUCUGUAUAUCGCUGUUUUCACUGUCAUAAAAAUGGGCUGAUGACUUCCUUGUUCUAUGAAGUCCCUCCUUCAGAAACACGUAACGAGUUCUGAUUGUGCCAGCGGUUCCUGUGUUGUGAUU